AUUCACCCCACAACAACCCCCCAACAGUAUUUUUAUGCUGAAUAAUUUUUUUUUUUAUUUUUUAUGUAAGGAAAUAAAACCUUUCAUUAUUAGUUUGUUCACUACUUUAAUGGAUUUUAGUUUGUCUUUUUAAGAAAAAUAGGAAAAGAAUUAAAGUUUUUUAAAAAAAGAGAAAAAAAAAAAGAGAAAUAAGAGGAAGAGACGAGAUAGAGAGAGAGAGAGAGACCGAGGUGGGAUGGAAGAGGAAGCGUCGACCGCAUCGGCGUCGGCGGAGCCGCUGCUGCGGCCGAGCCGAGGCUCGCCGGAGCAGGCGGCGCGGCCGAGCCGGCUGGCGGCGAUCGUGGGCGGGGCGGCGGGGCGGCGCGGCCCCUCGAUGCUGGUGCGCGAGGCGGCGGCGCUCCAGCUGGAGGAACGCCGCGCCGAGUGGGCCUACUCCCGCGUCGUCGUCACGCUCGACGUCGCCUGGAACAUGGCCUUCGCCGUCGCCGCCGCCGCCGUGCUCGCCGUCACCGUGCGCGAGCGCCCCACCACCCCGCUCCGCAUCUGGAUCGCCGGGUACGCGCUCCAGUGCGCGAUCCACGUCGCGCUCGUCUUGGCCGAGUAUCGCCGGAGGAGGACCGCGACGGAGCGGCGCAGGUUGGAGGAGGGCGGCGGCGUCGCCGGCGGUAGGGCUGGGGAGGGGUCGGGGGCGGCGGAGGGAGAGAACAGCGGGGAGGAUGAGGAGGAAGAGGCGGGAGCAGCGGGCGCGCGAAGGAGCAGUUUCUCCAAACGAUGUGAAUCUAUUAAUACCAUGGCAUCCAUUCUGUGGUGGCUAAUUGGUUUUUAUUGGGUUGUCUCUGGUGGUGAAGCACUGGUGCAAAAUGCUCCAAGACUCUACUGGUUGACUGUAGUUUUUCUCGCAUUCGAUGUAUGCUUUGCCAUCUUUUGUGUGGCUUUGGCCUGCGUGAUUGGAAUCGCUCUUUGCUGCUGUUUGCCUUGUAUUAUUGCAAUUCUUUAUGCUGUGGUGGGGCAGGAAGGUGCAUCAGAUGCGGACAUAAGCAUUCUCCCGAGAUACAGAUAUGCCGAGCCUUCGGAGAAUGGGCAGAAGACAAGUGAUGAAGGAGUGAUGAUUCCCAUUCCUGACAGCACUGGAACUUCAAGGAGGCAACGCAUUCUGCCACGUGAGGAUGCCGAAUGUUGCAUAUGUCUUACGCCAUAUGAAGAUGGAGUAGAGAUCCAUGCAUUUCCCUGCAACCAUCACUUCCAUUCCACAUGCAUUGUAAAAUGGCUUCGGAUAAAUGCGAUCUGCCCCCUUUGCAAGUAUAAUAUCCUCAAGGGAACUGAUGCAUAAUUAUUGUUCCAGUUCUGCUAUGAACAUAAAAGAACCUCGAAUGUGUUGCAGCUCCUUCAAGAAGCUAUUCGGGGAUCAGUCGCUUGAAAGGUUGUGAAUCUGCGUUCUCUUUGCUUGGUGAGCUGAUGUGCAUCCUCUCCUAUUCGAUUGUGUUACUAGAUAUCGAUGAAUAUUUCGUUCUGGUUUUUGUUGUUAGUGCUGUACAAAUAUGGCUUGGCUUUUCUUUUCAGCAUUUGUUAUUUUUGUAAAAUUCAUACAUUUUAUUGCUUAUAAAGGUUUGAUCUAAAUGAAGGAUUGAAUUGUUCUCUA